UGUUAGCUUCUCACUACAGUUGGUCACAGGGGCCGAAUAAAGAGUCGACGACAAAGCAAAGUCGAAGGAUGGUUUUGAAUCUGUGUCAGCCGCACUUUUACACAACAGUUCACUGCAACAAGCUUUGUGCAGACGGCUAUGAUGUCUCAAACCUUGUGUCAGCUGACCCCGCUCUCCAGAGGCGGGGCUUCAAGCUGGAGUACUUCCUACGUCCACCUGUGCAGGUAACCCUGAAGUUUGGCUUCCAGGUGGAGCUCUGCAGGGUGGAUGUGGAGCUGUGGCCCUGGGGCAUGGACCGAGGACAGGCCAGGAAGAGACUGGAGAUCAGCACCAGCUCCGAUCCGCUACCUUCUCACAAAUUUAAUCAAGGACACAAACGGGUUCAGCAAAAGGACAAAAUUCACAUGCAGGUUAAGCACCAAAACAAACUGAACAAUAGCAACCGAGAGUGUGAGGGUAAAUCCCAUCAUAGUAAUGGCCACCCGUGGACUGUUCAGGCCCAACAGUGGGGGGAGGAGGCUGUAGGUGGGUACCCAAACAAGCAUCAGAUGGCCAAAGAUCAGCCUCAAGCAAACGCUGACUCCCACCAACUUGAGGCCGAGUUUAAACUGGUGGGUCGGUGUGAACUUAGAGACUUAACCCGAGUCUGUUUUUCCCAGUCCAGUUUUCGCUCCCAGCCCCUGUUCCCCUCCCCACCUCCGUCACUACCCGCAAACUGUCGACAGGAGGAGCUGUGGAGCAGGGGUCCAUUUUCGCUGGGCGCCGUGACGCAGCUUCGAGUGACCUUGGCGUUUGGCGGUUCCGCCUCAGCGCUGGGAUUCAAGACUCUGUCUGUGUGGGGACAACCUGCUCGCUGCUGCCCUCCACAGGAAGUGGAGAGGAUCAAAACGGUCCACCAGGCCAGUGAAAGACGACUGCCGCAGUCUGGGUUUUUUACCUCCUCUCUCAGAACAACCAGUCGACCGCAGCAAGCAGCCACACCUCUGAGCAGUAAUUCCAUCCCAGAAGAGUUCCUUGAUCCUUUAACCCAGGAGGUAAUGGAGCUGCCGAUGCUGCUGCCCAGCGGCGUAUCGGUGGACAACACCACUCUGGAGGAGUGCCAGAAGAGAGAAGCCACUUGGGGUCGAGCCCCGAACGACCCCUUCACCGGUGUCCCGUUCACCUCAAACUCCCAGCCUCUUCCCAACCCCCAGCUGAAGCUACGCAUCGACCACUUCAUCCUGCAGAGAGGGGGGGUGAGGAGGGACGGGAUGUUGGGGAGACAAGGGGAAGGAAAGAAUCCACAAGCCUCGAGACUAAUAUCCUCCAGAGAAGAAGGACAGUCCCACAUUGCUCCAUUUCUCAGUAAGAGCUCAAUAAACAGCACUGUCCGAAGCUCAAAGAGCACUGUUCAGGGAGAAGAUGCUGGAUUAGGACAAUCAUCGGAUAAAGGAAAUCAUACAUCUUACUCUCAGCCUCUUGCUACAGAAAAUAAAUCAGAGUGGGAUCAAAAAAAGAAACGAUAUCUGAUUUAUGGAAGAGAUUCAGUAGAAGAGUUCGAUGAGAAGCAACUACAACCUCAAACAAAAAGACCAAGACAUGAUGCACUUUCAGUCCCAGCCUGCAGCUCCCAUGAGCAGCGUCUGUCCGCCAGCCUGGACGAGGCCCUCUUCUCCGCCCUGCAGGGACGACCGUCCUUCACCUCAAACUUGUCCCAGCAAAGACGGGACACUGGUGACAGUGAAGCACUGAACACCACGCAGCCGAGUUCAGACAUUCCGAACAUCUGCCCAGGUGAGAAGACGUGCUCCGCUUGUUCCUGCUCAGUCUCCGUUUACUCCACAUCUGCCGUCUACCGUCUGACCUGCGGCCACUUGCUGUGCCGCGCCUGCCUGCAGAGGCGAUCACACACUCCAAACUCCGUCUCUACAGUAACGUCCAAUCACGUCCUGUGUCCCACCUGCCAGAGCGGUACCCCACGUGGUGACAUCAUACGUGUGCACCACUGAAAGGAAGCUGUGCCUUAAAAAGCCUGUGAAGAAACCAGGACUGUUCUCAAGGUGAAGAAGUGUUGAACUCGCAGUGAAGGAGAAACAUCCCCAUUAAUACAUUGUUUAUUGGGUUUGACAUGACCACAGUAUAUCGCCAUUCCCCAUUGUCGUUUCAAUCGUAUGAUAACUUCCGAGGAGGUACAUUUUGUGGCAUUUCAAUCAAUCACUUUACACGUCUUUCAUUGUUAUGUAUCAUGUUGUGUUACAUAUCAUCCUUCUUCAUACAUGGAAGCCUUUCCUUGGACGAGUGGCGUCACAACACUUGAUUACACAGACCAAAUAAGGUUUUAAUGCCCGCAGCUGAAAAAAGAACAUCCCUGAAAGCAAAGACCUUUACAUUGUGUAAAAAAAAAAUAAAGAACUAACUUGAGAAAGGA